AUGGACGAGCUCAAACAUAGUCUUCUCAGAUACCCAGAUUGGGGAUUUGUCAUCUAUCGCACUACCUACUCCGCUGAAUCAGACAUUCUAUUUCCAGACGCUAUUCGGUUUAUUGAAAGCUGUAUCAAACAAGAAUUCUUCGCAGAAACCCAACGAUACCCAGCCAGCCAGCCUAUCGAAGUCUGGGCUAAACACCGGUCAACGAUCGUGCAAGAUCCUGUACAAUUUGACGGGGCGUCUCUCGAGACAAUUCGCGCUCAUUUCGAAGCUUGGGUGGAAGCUGAAGGCAUGCGUGACGAUUGGACCAAAUGGCGAAUGUGUAUGAUUAUCGAUGAAGAAUCUCUGCAAACUUUGAAAGGUGCACCAGUCGAGGCUGUUGAAGAUGGAACUCUAGAUUGCCCCGACAAUGAGGUUCGAUAUGUUAAGGUUCUUGAGGCAUUCCCAAUUGUGGAUAAAUAUGAUACAUUUCCGGGGUGGAUGAAAUGUUGGCCAUUCGUCCUUUUCGAUCUCUGGUCGAUGAUGGGAGAUGGUCAGGAGAUGAGGGGGUCAUUUUGUCGCAUUGAUUUUGAUGAUGAUCAAGAUUUUCCCUUUCCAGGAGUGUACUGCGGAUGA